AAAACAGGAUAUGCCUGCUACAGCCUAAUCUGCAGCGACGAGGCCUCCCCAAACCGCCCUGCUAAGCGCACACACCGCUAUCGGGAGGAACGCCGCUCCCGGGGGGGCUGCCCGCAGAGCCCCCUGCGCUCGGGGCCCAGCGCCGCUCCCUCCCUCGCGGUGAGGGGUCACCGUCCCGGCCACGGCAGCGGAGCCGGCAGAGCCCGGGAUUUCGCCAGCGGGCUUUCCCAGGCCAGCAAGGGCAGGCGACACUCGCCCGCCUCAGGAAGGUGCUCCAAGGGGGACCUCGGAGCGACUGCAAAGGGCUUUGAGAGCUUCGGACAGAAAGUGGCAUCAGAGGACAGGAUGAUGACACCCCGGCAAUUCUCCGCGCUGACUGAAGUGCUCUUCCGCUUCCUGACGGAGCCCCGGGAGGUAGAAAGGUUUCUGACUCAGCUCUCGGAUUUUGCCACCAUGAAUAAAAUCAGCUUGGGCCCCCUGAAAAGCAUUGUCAAAAGUAUUCUUCUGGUGCCUAACGGUGCCCUGAAGAGGAAUUUGUCUUCCGAACAAGUCAGAGCAGAUUUUAUUGCUCUAGGCCUCAGCGAAGAGAAAGCCAGUUAUUUUGCAGAACAGUGGAAGGUGCAUUCCCCCACCCUCACACGCCUGGCUGUUGGGCAGACGCUGAUGAUUAACCAGCUGGUAGAUAUGGAGUGGAAGUUCGGAGUGACUGCUGGGAGCAGCGAACUGGAAAAAGUGGGAAGCAUCUUCCUGCAGCUGAAGCUGGUGAUUAAAAAAGGGGGCCAAAUGGAAAACGUAUAUAUAGAGUUGACUUUGCCCCAGUUCUACAGUUUUCUACACGAAAUGGAACGGGUCAAAACCAGCCUGGAAAGCUUCAGCUGA